AUGAACAGGAUCGCGGUGAGGUCAGUUGUGGGCGGUCUGCGCGGUGGCCAGACCCAGAACUGCAACAGUUACAUUUCCACGGCUGUGCCCCUCACGCCAUUGGACGGCGCCGAGUUUCUGCAUUCCCUGAAGGGUGACGUUGGGACGAGGAUGAUGAGCACAGUGCCGCAGUCUGCUAAAACGGUGGAGGAGCGGAGGAAGAGCAAGAGCUCAGUCUCCGAUGAUGCGAAGAAAGGAAGUGAUAGGGUAGUAGUUUCGGAUUACUGGGGGAUUUAUAGGCCGAAGAUCACAAGAGGGGACGUGAGUGAGUGGACUUGGAAUUGCUUCAUGCCAUGGGAUACUUAUAAACCGGACUUAUCGAUUGAUUUGAGCAAGCACCAUGUGCCGAAGAUGUUUAUGGACAGAUUUGCGUAUAGGACCGUCAAGGUUCUUCGGAUGCCAACUGAUAUUUUCUUUAAGAGACGGUAUGGGUGUCGUGCAAUGAUGCUGGAAACUGUGGCAGCUGUCCCUGGCAUUGUGGGAGGAAUGCUACUGCACUUAAGGUCUCUCCGCAAGUUCCAGCAGAGCGGUGGUUGGGUCAAGGCUCUACUUGAAGAGGCAGAGAAUGAGAGGAUGCACCUCAUGACAAUGGUGGAACUUGUACAGCCCAUGUGGUACGAGAGGCUACUGGUUCUUCUUGUGCAGGGAUUGUUCUUCAAUGCCUUCUUUGUUCUUUAUUUGCUUUCUCCCAAACUGGCGCAUAGGAUUGUUGGGUAUCUGGAGGAGGAGGCUAUACACUCUUAUACAGAGUAUUUGAAGGAUAUCAAUAGUGGAAAGAUUGAAAAUGUACAAGCUCCUGCAAUCGCAAUCGACUACUGGAGGCUUCCUAAAGAUGCUACGCUAAGGGAUGUUAUUACUGUGAUUCGUGCCGAUGAAGCUCAUCAUCGAGAUGUCAACCAUUAUGCAUCUGAUAUUCAAUUUCAGGGUAAGGAAUUGAGAGAGGCACCGGCUCCCUUUGAUUAUCACUGA